CCCUUAUCGUGCUGUGGGUCUCAUUGUUCUCUUUGGGGUUCUCGUCAUCUUGGUAUCAGAGCAUCAGAUCCCUAAAUCAGGUUUCAAUCAUGUCAAGCGAUGAUGACAAAUCAACCAGUAGAAGCCACCAUGUGGAUGAAUCUUUCAUGCUCAAAGCAAUGCAACAACAAUUUUAGAGGCUGGACAUCAUGUUUGGUGAGAUUAAAGACAAAAUGGAGAAGCAAGAUGCAGCGAUAGCCAAGUUAUACCAAACACAGAAUGGAUGUCUGAAUUUGCGUAGGAAUGAUGCUAAUGAUGAUUUUGAUGACGAUUAUAAAGAUGCAUUCAACAAUGAUGCCCAAAACUCAAAUUUCAACAUGGACAGAAUUAUGAGAGGUAGAGGCGGCCAAAGAGAGCAAAAUCUGACAAGGUGGAGAGAUAAGCAAGAUCGUGACUUAGGUAGCAUCAAGAUGAAGAUUCCUCCAUUUCAAGGCAAAAAUGAUUCAGAUAUGUAUUUGGAGUGGGGAAAGAAGGUGGAAUUGGUGUUUGAUUGCCAUAACUAUUCUUAUGAGAAAAAAGUUAAACUAGCAAUGGUGGAAUUUACUGAUUACGUUGUGGUAUGGUGGGAUCAACAUGUGCUUAGUCGACGUAGAAAUCGAGAGCAUCCUAUUGACACUUGGGAAGAAAUGAAAGCUGAUUAUCACAAAGAGAUGGAAAUCGCAAUGGUUAGAGCGAAUGUGGAAGAGGAUAGAGAAGCAACUACGGCACGGUUUCUGCAUGGCUUAAAUUGUGAUAUAGCUAAUGUGAUAAAGCUACAACAUUAUGUGGAAUUAGAAGAUAUGGUGCAUAUGGUGAUGAAAGUAGAACGGCAACUCAAGCGUAAAAGAGCCACUAAUAGAACUGGACAAAAUUCAGAGAAGAUGGAGAAAUUGAAAUCAAGGGUGAAUCUGAUGAUGAAUCUAUGCCACCAUUGGAAGAUGCUAAUGAUGGUGUGGAAUGCCGUUGAUGGAGAACUGCUUGUCAUUAGGCGAGCUUUGAAUGUGCAAGCCAAAGAAGAUGAUGAAGUACAAUGUGACAAUAUAUUUCACAUGAGGUGCCAUGUCAAAAACAAGGUAUGUAGUGUGAUUAUUGAUGGUGGUAGUUGUACUAAUGUAGCUAGCAUUGUUUUAGUUGAAAAGCUUAAUUUACCUAUGACAAAGCAUCCAAGACCAUAUAAGCUGCAAUGGUUAAAUGAUUGUGGAGAAAUCAAGGUAAAUAAGCAAGUUUUGGUUUCAUUCUCUGUUGGACGAUAUAAGGAUGAGGUACGUUGUGACUUGGUUCCUAUGCAUGCUGAACAUUUACUUUUAGGGAGACCAUGGCAAUAUGAUAGGAGGGUAACACAUGAUGGCUUCAAAAAUCGCUAUUCAUUUGUCAUAGAAGGGAAAACAAUUACUCUUGCACCAUUGAGUCCAAGGCAGGUUUACGAGGAUCAACUGAGAGUAAAAAAUGAGAGUGAGCUGAGAAAUGAGAAUGAGCUUAAGGGUAUGAAAAACAAAGAGAAAGCAACAGAAAAAGAGUCCAAAAAGAGAGGAAAGAUUGAGAGUGUUGAAAACAAAGAGAGAAAAUCAGUGAGUGUUUAUGCAAAAGAAAGUGAUGUCAAGGCUGUGUUCUUUGCAAAGCAGCUUAUGUUUGUGCUGUUGUAUAAAGAUGCUUAUUUCAACACUAAUGAACUUAAUGAUUCUUUGCCUAGUGUGGCUAAAUCUCUUUUGUAGGACUUCAAGGACAUGUUUCCAGAGGACAUCUCUAAUGGUUUACUACCAAUAAGAGGAAUUGAGCAUC